CCCUACCAUGCUUCGCAAAUAUUUGCAAAUUGCAAGUAUACAUCGAUAAGAUAGAAAAAAUAGAGAAGAAGAUGAAGCUUUCUCGCGUGGCUGCGCUGGCCGCGCUCAUGGCCGUGGCCGCGUCUAGGACGGCCGGCGCGGUGACGUUCGACGCGACGAACACGGCGUCCAACACCGCCGGCGGGCAGCGGUUCGACCAGGAGGUCGGCGUGGAGUACGCGAGGCAGGUGCUCGCCGACGCGUCGGCCUUCAUCUGGGACGCCUUCGGCCAGCCGACCGACGGCGACCGGAAGCCGGUGGACGCGGUGACCCUGGCCGUGGAGGACAUCGGCGGCGUGGCGUUCACCAGCGCCAACGGCAUCCACCUGAGCGCGCAGUACGUGGGCGGCUACUCCGGCGACGUCAGGGCGGAGGUCACCGGCGUGCUCUACCACGAGGCGACGCACGUGUGGCAGUGGGACGGCCGCGGCGGCGCCAACGGCGGGCUCAUCGAGGGGAUCGCCGACUUCGUGCGGCUGCGCGCCGGCUACGCGCCGUCGCACUGGGUGCGGCCGGGGCAGGGCGACCGGUGGGACCAGGGCUACGACGUCACGGCGAGGUUCCUCGACUACUGCGACUCGUCGGUGGUGCAGGGCUUCGUGGCGCAGCUCAACGCCAAGAUGAAGGACGGCUACAGCGACGACUUCUUCGUCCAGAUCUCCGGCAAGACCGUCGACCAGCUCUGGCAGGACUACAAGGCCAAGUACGGUGGCUAGCUGACGUCAGCUCCGGCCGGCCAAAACGUAGCUAUAGAGUACGCAUAUGUUGCGUCCUCGAGUGAACAAUAAGCCAAUAAUUCAGCCAUGCUAUGCUUUGGUGUGUUUAUGUAUCUAAUAUCAUUUGAAAAUGAAAGGACAUGCUCCCUCAGUUUCUCUCCUAAGUCCUGAAGCCCGGUUCAGUUUGUAAUUUUUUUUUCAAAAACAUCGUAUCGGAUAUACGGACACAUAUUCCAAAGUAUUAAACGUAGUCUAAUUA